UUGCUCUUCACAUGGUAUGCUGGUUCCCCAAAUGCCAGUGAGGUUCUUCAGGUCUCGCCUCUUUCGGGUACUGUGAAGCCGGGUGAGAGUGUAAGUGUGGUGGUCACCCUUCAGUCUGCAGACCAGGCAUCAUUCUACGCUCUGGAGCUGGUGUGUGAGAUCUUUAUGGAGAAGGGCCUCGCUGAGUAUGAACGGGCCAUCAGAGACUGGGAGGAAGAAGAGGAGCGGCAGACAGUAGAAUUCACAAUUCAUGAACCUGAGAAGAGAUUUCAGAUGAGCUGCCUGAAGUCUGGUGGCCCUGGAAGAAGUCAAAAUAAAAACCAGCUGACUGAGAUCAGGAAAUACAAGACUCUACCACCGAUCAAGAAUGGUGGCUAUGCCCGACCACCAGUCAGCCGAGACAGGGAGAGCCGCCGGGCACUAAAAGAAAGUCAAAAAUUGCCGGUUCGACCUGAGCCACCUCUGCCCAUCCAGCUUCACCUGUCCGUGACAGGCAGAUCCCACCACACACCAGAUUUUCUGAACCAAUACCAGAACGACUUCCAACGUCACUUCCAGCAGCGG